AUGAAAGAAUCCUCGUCAUGGAGGUGGAUGAUGAAGAAACGGCAUUUCUUAUUUGAUGGGUUAGCAUGUGGGGCGAAGAUGACACAGCUUCCGUUUAUGGUAUUUGUCUGUACAGUAAUGUUGUUCGUCAUUUAUCGGACAACAAAUUACCAGUAUCAACAAACUGAGUUGUCACCGAUUUUUAUGCAGGACCCGGGCGUGGUUACCACUGGAUUGAAUGGCCUGCCACGUGGAAUCAUUGAAGCAAAGUCGGACCUUGAAUUGAAGCCUUUAUGGAGUAGUUCUAGAUCAAAGAAAAGUGUACGGAGCUCUUACAAUUUGCUUGCGAUGCCUGUUGGAAUUAAACAAAAGAAGAAUGUCAAUGCCGUUGUUCAAAAGUUUCUUUCAGAAAAUUUUACAAUCGUUUUGUUCCAUUACGAUGGGAAGUUGAAUGGAUGGUCAGACCUGAAGUGGAGUAGUGAAGCUGUACAUAUAGUAGCUCACAACCAAACAAAAUGGUGGUUUGCUAAACGCUUUUUACAUCCAGCAGUUGUCUCUAGUUAUGAUUACAUAUUCCUCUGGGACGAAGAUUUAGGGGUUCAAAAUUUCCACCCCGGAAGGUAUCUGGAGAUUAUAAAAUCAGCUGGGCUAGAAAUAUCUCAGCCGGCUUUAGACCCGAAUUCUACCGGUAUACAUCACAGGAUCACAAUUAGAAACCGAAUGAAGAUAUUCCAUAGAAGGGUCUAUGAAGCCAGAGGAAGUACCAAGUGUUCAGAUGAUAGUGAAGGGCCUCCAUGCACUGGAUUUGUGGAAGGAAUGGCUCCGGUAUUUUCCAGGUCAGCGUGGCAGUGUGCCUGGCAUUUGAUACAGAAUGAUCUUGUUCAUGGAUGGGGCAUGGACAUGAAACUCGGCUACUGUGCACAGGGGGAUCGCACGAAAAAGGUAGGGGUAGUUGAUAGUGAAUACGUAGUUCAUCAGAGUAUACAAACUUUGGGUGGGCCAUCCGCAAAGAAGGCUUCAAAUCCUGAAGCGACAGUGAAGAGGCACACCAUAGAUGUUAGAUCAGAGAUUAGGAGACAAUCGACAAUAGAGCUUCAAACAUUUAAGCAACGAUGGGAACAGGCUGUGAAGGAGGACAGCAAAUGGGUCGACCCGUAA